AUGAAAAUUCAAAAUUGGGGAAUAUUUGAAUUUUAAAAACAGAUGAUUUGUUAAUUUAAUAGGUUAUCGUCUAAUAGAAUAAUUCAUUUUAGAAUUAAUUCUUCUUACCUAGUGGUUAGAAGAUUUCUCUUUAUUAAAAAUUUUAAAAAAUAAAUCGUACAUAUUCUUUAUCAAAUUAAAAAUUUUGUUUGAUUGCUUUGAGUAAAGAUUAGAGUAUAAUUAAGAAUCUUAACAAUUCCUUUUGUUAUAUUGAUAGCAGAAUAUUAAAUAUUUCAGAAUAUGAUGAUGAAAAAUAUGAAUUUAGUUAAGACUUUACUAAUAUUGAUGUUGUUAAUUUUAAUGAAUAAAUAUAAGAUUAUAAUUUAGAUGAUUUGAUUGUAUAUUUUGAUAAUGAAUUACCUUCUGAGAUUGAGUUAUAAUUGAAAUUUAGAUGUAAUUCUAUCUUUGUUCCUAAUUAUAAUGAAUUAUAUCCAUAUAAUUUAUAAAGCACACAUUCUAAUUAUAAAUUAAGAAUUAAUAUUAAAACAUUGCUUUGUUAAUAUGGAGAAAUUAAAAAUUAUACAGAUUUUUCUUGUAUUCCAUGUGAUAAUAAUCAGAUCUUUAGUCAUUAACUCUUAAUUAAUAAAAAUGUUAACUAAAAGAUGAUGUUUCUACUAUUAGUGUCAAAUCAGCUUUAUUAAAGUUAAAAUUAGGUUAUUGGAGACCAUAUUUUGAAAGUAAUUUAAUAACUUAUCGUUUAAAAUUACCUGAAAAUUGUUUCGGUGGUUGGAUAGAGGGUCAUGAAUCUUGUUUUCUAGGUCAUAUUGGAGCAUUAUGUGAAUAAUGUGAUUUAUAUAAUAUAAGAGGUGAUGGAUAAUUUUCUAUUGGUAAGAAAUUCUCAUGUGGAUUAUGCACAGAAAAUUAUCACUUUAGUUAGUAUUUAGUAUAUAUUUAUAAUUAUAAUAGGACUCUUGCUUCAAUUUUAAUAUCAGUUUAAAUAACAUUGAUAGCAACUAAAGAAUAUUAGAAAUUUCUGCUUAUCCAGUAUGGGAUUAGCAGUAUCUUAAAAUAGAAAUUAAUCAACAAUUUUAAUUAAAAUGCUCACUAAUUAUUUUUAAAUAAUUGGUUCCAUUGCUACAUUUUAAUUAAAGCUAAUUGAUGGAUUUGAAGAUACAUUUCGUG